GUCGCGAUUCGACAUGCCCUGUCGCUUUUUUUUCUCAUCCUCCCCAGCCUCCGCCCAGCCAGCCAGUCCUUUCUUGCCCGCCGCUCUCUGCUCUCUCUCUCUCUCUCGUCCUUUUUUCCCCCUGCUGGCGUUGCGAUUGCGACCGCGAGCGCGCGCAUUGCAUACGCGACACGCCCGGGCAACGCUGUGCGACAAUCCCCUGACGACGGCUUACGACGACUCACGAAGAUAACAACAGCGAGCAACAACACCCUGCCACGCCAGCAUCUCCCAGAGCGCAUCGCCUGCCGCAUGCUCCACGCCCAGCCGCGCACUGCAGGAGCAGCAGUCGAGGCAGGAUAUUGACCCAAGGAAGGGGCCACCGACCGCGAUAUAGGUAGCCACUGCCUCAAGACUGGACUGGACGGCGGGCGCCUGCCGCGCGUAGCCGCCCAGCAUGGACCGCGACCACCACCUCUCGUCGCCAAAGUCGCCGGCUGGCCCUGGCGUCCUCGCCGCCGCCAAACCAAACGAGCUCGCCCGCAAGAACUCGCAGCGCACCACCGGCCCCAAGAAGGCCACCCCCCUGCGCCACGAGGGCCGCGAGUGUACCCGCGAGAGCGCAAAGGAGAACGUCCGCGCCCCCUCGGCCGCCUCAAACUCCACCUCCAACUCGACUUCGACAUCCCCAGACCCCCAGCUGCCAGACUCGGCCGACCGCCAGCGCCCCAGCUUCGCGACACACACCUUCGCCAGCCACCGCCGCACCCAGAGCACCCUCUCCGAAUCUAAACAUCCCCGCCUCCACCGGAGCAACAGCAGCAUCACCUCUUUCCGCGGCGUCGUCCCAGAGACUCCGCGCGACAGCCCCCGGCUCGCCCGCUCCAAGACGACGACGCCCGUCACCAGCGCCUCCGCCCGCAUCCACAACGCCCUCCACGCAGACCGCUCUCCCUCCAUGCGACAACCCAUCGGGCUCGCAGAGGCUUUCCAACUGGCACAGCAGCAGGAGGUCGUCAACUCGCCACUCCUCGACGACACCAUCGACCUCAUCGAGGCCUUCCAGCGCGCGAAUGCAGAAUACAACGGUGGCCGCUUUCAGGGCUCGCCCAGUCCUGCCCCCCGCACCCUCCGGCUCAAGGACGGCUCGCCAAUCACCAUCAACACCGAUGCAUUUCUGGCUAGCAACAAGGACGGCCGCGACCUGACCAAGCGAUUGCAGGAGUUCGACCCCAGGCAUCAGCUUGCGAGGCGUGCCUCUGCCAGCUUGGCAACCGGCCUGUCCCCCGGCCAAGCGAUACAGCCUGCUGAGAUACAAACUAAUGGUACUCACAAGAUCAUUGAAGACCCAGAGUAUGAUAUGGACGCGAGGGAAAACGCGAGAUCCACGACGCCAACUGCUGAUAGAAACCGUGGCUCGGCACAAUGGUCCCAAGAUCGGCGCGAUGAACCUCUUCCCAGCAUCGAAGACGACCCCGACUUUGACGGAGACCGACCCACCCCUGCUCGACAGACUGCGAGCUGGUCUCCAGAGAAGAGUCUGAACUGGAAUCUGGAAGCAGAAUUCACUGCCGGAGAUCUUCAAAUAUCAGACAGUCCCAGAAUCACGAAUGCCCGCGGACGAAGCUCGAUGCCUGCAUACGCCCUGCAAGGAAGCGACUUUACCCCCAAUGGCGCCUCAGACUUCCGCCGCAGUAACGACAGGCUUGACCGCAUCCGCGACCGAGAAGCCGAGAUUGCAGGCAUGAGCAUGUCCGAACGACCAACGACGAAAUUAGACGACAUCCGAGCACGGGAACGCCAGAACGCAUCGCCUCGCGCUCUUGCUAACAGCAAGCUCGACGAGAUACGCGCCAGAAACUCAGAGGCGCGCUCGGCUUCGCCGGAGAUGAUGCGGCGGUCAAUGAGGGACGAAUUGGAAGACCCAACGUGGCCAAUCCGACCCAAGAGAGGCAUUGAUGCGAUGGCAAGCAACGAUGACGAGCAAGUCAAGCGCGAGCAGCCGGUGGUGACAAACGACGAGGACCUGGCGCUUAAGCACCGCAUUCAGGAGCGUUCAAUACACCGUCGGACCUCCCAAGAGCUCCUUCGGCGUCUGUCUCGGGCUACGAGUACGACUCCACCUCGCAGAGGAUCCUUCAAUGCCACAGCGGCCCUCAGCGGCGUCCAGAUCAAAUCGCCGGUCAAAGAAGAAGACGCCGAAGAAGACAAGGAAGCGGAUGCCGCGGCCGUGAAGGAGGAGCCUGAGCAGGCCAGACCCAACAUUGCUUUCGAAGAGGCAAAGGCGCAGAUCCGAGACGGUAAGGCCUUUAAGGAUCGGCCGACCGGUGGAUUUGCCGGCAUUAGGCGUGUCCAGUCCAGCGACUCCAUCCACGACAAGCGCUCGAGUGCUGUCCACUCCGAGACUGACCCAACCGAUCGAAUCGAAGCGGAAAUGUCGCUCUUCGCACCUCUAGAUAACAACUCAGAGAGAGAGUCAGCGCGAGCCGCGUCGCGAAGCCCGUCAGAACCUGCCGAGGAGGACACACCUAGAGCCGCACGGGUCGAUCCGCUCACGAUGCCGACGCCUCGCAUCACGGGCGCGUACGUCGAUACUCCUGCCACGAUCCGAACGAAUGGCGCGAGAAAAUCUCACCAGGGCCGUGGGUCGUGGAGGCUCUUCUCGUUGAAGAGCACAAGCGGCACCAAAAGCCCACUCAACAAAAGUAGCCCACGCGACGCCAGGAUUCCGGCUGGAGUACAGCGCAGAUCUUCCUCCAUGCCGUCGAUGAGGCGCGCUCGGUCACGAUCCCACUCCCGCCCGCCCCCUAUCAAUUCGGCGAAGAAGGUCUCAGUUAAGGAUGAUUUGCGCGCCAUCAUGAAGGAGCAGCAGAUUGAAGAUUCCACGCUUGACGAAUUUGACGGAGUCUUGGAAAAGACCGAGUGCGACGAAGACGAGCUUGAGCAAGAAGUCAACAGUACUCUGCUCAAGGUUGAGGACAAGUCGGUGGUGUGGGACUCGAGCGACCGGGAUCGCGAGCUUGAACAGCUCGAGCGGGUCUUGCUUGGUAUUCGUGACUCAAAACAGGGCAUUGCACGGCUUGAAGAUAAGGUUGCGCACAGUGAGAAGGCAGCGGCGCACGCAGCUCCGGUGCGCAUCAAGACCGAGUCUUCGCCUCCCAAAGACAUCUCCGCGAUCCCAGUGGCGCCUGUCACCUCCGAUCGGGUCGUCGUGUCUGUGCCACGGCUGUUCCAUCAUGGCUCUUUCCGCCCCACCAAGCUUGGGUUCUGGAUGCUUCUUGUUGGAGCUUGGCUCCUCCUUGAGGGUCUUUUCAGCCGAGCAUUUGCUGGCCCCCAAUACGCGUGCACACCAGACACCCCAUGCGAGUGGUCGCCCAACGAACCCUACUUCCCCUACACGAUGCCGUUCAUGCUCGACGAAUGGACCACCGGCGGGCAGGGCAGAUCGAUCGUGUGGAAGCUCGGCGAAGACCUCGGCGAUACGUUGGCCGAUGUGUCGGACUGGAUAACCAACACCGACUUCUCCCAGCAGGACCAGAGAUAUAUGGGUGUCUGGGAACGUAAGCGCCAUCGGCGCCGCCUGCGCAAGCACGGCCUCAUCCCCAAGUGGGUCGAGCCACCGGCGUACAAGGGCAAAUAUGCCGCGUGGCACGCCGCAGCUUCCGCUGGCGGCGACGAGGACGGAUAUGAUUAUCAGGGCGACAACGAGAAGAUGGAUGCCGAUGAGAUGCUAUGAGGCUGAGAACUCUUUGUAACGAAUUUGUAUGGUUUCCGCACAAACGGUUGCGGCAGGGCGUUGGAGGGGAUUUGGCUGUCACCAUUUGCCGGGGCAGACUCUCUCUCUCCUCCCGGCGUUGUACAUAUUGUUCUGCUACCAUUUGUAUUCUUCGUCUUCUGUUCAAGCCGGCGUGCGUGUACGUUCUGGACAAUGAUAGCGUUCUAGACAGUGAUAGCGAGUCGCAAUGAGAAUUGGUCGGCAGGCUUAUUGUACUGGCCCCCCACACGCCUACACAAACACCGGGGACAAAUGCCCAGUGAACUCAUUGAUACA